AUGCGAUCUAUGUGCACAGCAGCACACGGUGAGGAGGCUGAAGCGGCGGAGGAGAAAAUUCGAAAAGAUGCUGAGCCGUUGAGUCUCAAUCAAGCGCUGUAUUUGACGACUGAGAUGGGCUUAUACACCACAAGGGAAAUGCAGCUGCGUGUUAUGAAGUCGCCUUCAUUUUCAACGGAUUCGGCGGCUCCUUUUGUAUUAGAGGACUUUUUCAAUUCUAUGGAUGAGGGCUUCAAAAAAGCAGAGGAGGAGUUUGAGGUAUUGCAUGUUGGUGAGGAGGAGAAGGGAACGGCUGAGGAGCAAGAGGUGGACGAGGAAAAGGUCGAUACGGUGAACUCAGUGAUCCAUAAUAAACUGGUGAGAGCGUUUACUACUAACCCCAAGGAAGCUCGGUCGUUCGUGUAUAACGGUGAGGAGUGGAAAGAGAGGGCUGAGGGACGAGGCCUGAGGAAAAGGGCUACUGCACAUGUAGUGUUGCAACGUGGUAGCGGUGUUAUCAAGGUCAACGGCGAUGAGGAUUUCUAUGUGCGGUUCCCUUUGUAUUACAACAGAUUUGAUGUAGUACAGCCGCUGCUGCUAUGUGGUGUAUGUGGAGUUUAUGAUGGAAGACCUGUAUGGCCUGGUGAAGACGGAGAGGGAGUCCAGGGUCAGAGCGGUGCCAUCCGACUAGCUAUUGGGAGGGCUCUGCUAGCGGCUAACCCGGCGUGUGAGGAGAUUCUGGAGGAGAACUGUGCGUUGUUUCAAGACCUACGGCAAACUAUAUCUAAAAUACCCGCUGGUGAUAAGUACUACUGCUCCACAGGGCUUAGUCUACAAGCUAGUUUUCGAUUAAUGGUUGCUUCUGGAAACAACGCGAAUGAUAUCGGUUCGUCCCCUAUACUUAUCCUUAUCAUCGUGGCACUGACGUUGUUCUUCACCUUUGGGGCGUUGAUGGCGUUGAGAGCUCCUGCAGGGAGUAAAUGGCGAGCUAUAAUCUUACCAAAGAUGGGUAUAAUAUUUUGCAGCCUUCUGGUGUGGUUUGUCUUCACUGGGUCCGACGUGUAUACAGUCCUCAUUCUGUGUAUUCCUGUUGCGGGGCCGAUGUUUGCGGCUCUGUGGUUGUGGUAUCGCGAUAGAAGACAGAAACGACGCAGUAAAAAAGUUGCGGAAAAGUUGGCACAAGCGGCGCGAGAUGAAUCACUGUUCGUGGAUGUGGAGGAUGGUGAUGGAUUCCGACUGAUUGACCGAUCGCGCGAUUAUCCGCGACCACCGGGUAGAUCUGGGAGUUCUGAUUCUGAUUGUAGCAGUGAAAUACGUAUGCGGGAGCUUUCGGAUGAUGAUGAUUUUGAUGAUGACAAGAAGGAACGAUUCAUGUCUGUGGACACGGGCUUUGAAGAUCCUGAUGAUGGCUCUGAGGUAAGUGCAUCGUCGUCCCCACGAAGUAAGCAGGUGCGGUUUGCGGGUCUGCCAGAGCUUAGCAGUAGUAGUGUCAAUGUCGAGGAGGUUGGGGGAGGCGAAACGAAGAAGUUGUGGGAUGGUUAUUAUGUGAAGAGAAGACCGUGGGGAAACUACGCGAGCCAACGAGUUAAUUUCACAGUACGUCUUGCAGUAUGAGCGACCGCUUUUACCAGUUUGUUUGGGUGAAAUCGCUGAGUUGCGACGGCGAGGAAGCUGUGCUUGUCAGUGUUGAGCUUGUAUGAUGUUAUAAUACGUAUAUUUCAUUAUUUUAAUGCCGCUGUUGGUAGUAGGAUCUACCUGUCAUAUUACAC